AAUGUGCAACGACAUGAUGUGUGUCAUGACGGAUGUGAACCCUGUGGAACAAUCCGUCCGGACUACGUCCCUCUUAGCAGGUGUCCUACUUGGGACAACGUUAAGGUAUCCCACCUUGACCCAUCAGCCUUUAAUGUCGACCAGUAUAUGGUUAUGGAUUACCAAAGGCAGAAUGAUGUGGCGUUGACAAGUCCGUAUUGA